GGCCUAGACUAUCGGGGGAUUUCCCAUGGUGCCCUGAGCUCCUCCCUUCCUCUCUCUUUCUGCACUCAUUCAUGUCCCAUUAAUGCAUGUUACUAACUUCACUUCUUCCCCGGAGUUCUUGUGCUUUCUCGUCUCGCAGGUUCUCAUGGAUCCUGGUGGAGCCUCCUGCCAUGGUCCUGCUUGACUGCCAUUGCUAAUAUCACUGAUAUUAUUGUUGUUAUUAUUAUUAUUAUUAUUAUUAUUAUUAUUACUACAGUUACUAUUAUUACUAUUGUCACUGCUCAUUGUCGCCCAUCGUUGUCGUCGUCAUCAUCUUCUUCAUGUUGAUCAUCAUCAGUCACUACUAUUAGUGUAGUUGUCGUUACCUCUAAUGUUAUAAAGAGUUCGGUCUAGACCUGCUCUAUUUGAAAAGUGUCCUGAGAUAACUUCUGUUAUGAAUUGGCACUAUACAAAUAAAAUUUAAUUGAAUUGAAAUGUAUAGGCAAAGAAAAACAUAUUAUUGAAAAGAAAUCAUCAAACGGGUUGGACCUCUCCUGAAAACAUCUACAGCGACAUCAGUGGUUCCAGUUAACUUUCCAGUUAUAUUCCAGAUAAAAACCAAUAGAAAGCUGACUCACUAAUUAUUUUUAAUAGGACAACGUUUUGAUCCCAGAUGGAUCUUCAUCAGAUCAUAAUGUUUGGAAGACUUGAAACUACGGCUAUAUUCAUACAUUGGACUUGGUCUAAAAGUAAUGAAACACUAACUGAUCACAGUAUAAAGAGUUAGCUAGCCACUAUAACCUGUUCGCUCUUUAGCAUCAGGCAGUUUGUCCCAUUAAUAUCAUACAUGAGUUUAUUUUUUCCAAAACCCCCAUUGUCACAGUUGGUAGCACAAUACAAAUGACCAAAAAGAUUUAAUCUUACCAAAAUGGUAAAUGUGAUCCAGAUUUGUUUUUUUGUGUCUUUGUCAGACUUGAAUUUGUUUCCAUCCAGCACAGAGAGUAAAUAUUACUGCAAUAAAGGGAAAAGAAAAUAUAGAGCGAGCAGGCUAAAAUUAGGAAUCUAGAAAUCCCUCUGAAGGAGGCUCCAGGACUGACGCUGUUCCUUGAGUGAGUUACAGGUUUAUUAGGUUACUAUUACACUGGGGUUGAGAGGCUGGGAGGAUGUGUUAAUUUACACUAGAUUAGAACCAUUAUCAUUAGUCAUUAGUUGGAGACUCAGUGUAAUUAUACUGCAUGGUUGUACUCUUACACUGACUGUAGCUGUGCAGUGUUGGAAGCAGACCGGAGGGAUGCAGCAGAAGAGACUACAGACCUGACACAGACUCUAGCUCGGAGAGUUGUUAGCAGCUCCGGCUUUUACUGCUGUUUCCUGCUACUGCUUUAUUUCUACAUGGGGAGGAGUAUAAUGACAAUAAAGAUCAUUCAUUCAUUCAUUCAUCUUCUCAUCUGGUCCCGAUCCAAGAGGCGGAGCUGAAUGAAGCCUGGUUUCUGAAAACAUGAUGAGUGGUUGUAGCUUUGUGCAGGACGCCUGUUGUUGUGUGAAGAACCGCAUCUGUAAAUUAAUGGCUAAUUGCUAAUGGCUAAUUGUUGGUAUGGGCGAGCUAGCUUGCUGCAGCCUUGCUGCGGCUGAAGACUGAGCUGACGUCAGUUUAUAGUUCUAUAACUUUUAAAAUUCAGAUUAAAAUAAUAAUAAUCAAAUAUUAACAGUAUUCUUCUUUAAGCCUGAUUAAUUGUAAGAGAGAGGGAUUUAUACACUUCUCGUCAAACUCUAAAGUGACAGGUACCACGCCCCUUUCCACGCCCCUUUCCCCCGCUUACCCAUUAUGCCAGGUCAAAAAGGUCAAAUCAAUCAAUCAAAAUCUGACACUUCAAGGGGUGUUUUUAAGGGGUCUAAUAAAUUGAUAUUACAGAUGUCUCAGCCCCCCAUCCAGAUGGUGAACAUAUUUUUAAGAUAAAACAGUCAAUAGAUUGUACACACCUUUAAACCUUUAAAACUCAAGUGUGAACAAAGGACAGAGAUUGUGUCUAAGUGCAGAGUCAGCAAAGAGUUCACCAUCAAUCCACAAUGCUACAAGAAAAGUUUUACGAUUGUGAAAAAGAGAAUAUACCAGAAGAUGAGAUGUCUGUGAUUUGCGAGACACCAGUCACCAUCUACCGGCAAGUGAGAGGGCCUCCUCCCGCACCGAGGAAAAGUAUGGUGUAUGUACAGCGUACACAGGCUCCUCCAAAGGAAUCUCAGGGAGAACAAUGGUCUUUACUGCAGCAUGGAUCGUCUGGAUGUUGGGGGUAUGUGUUGAGUAUGAAGAGGGCGAGCUCUGGUUGUACCAGCUGGGUGAUGAUGAAAAAUUGAAUUUGAUGAAAAAUGUGGUGACUCUUACCUCCAACGACUGGGCCGUGUUGAGGCUAGUGAUGUCUGAACAGCCCUCGGAUGAGGAACAAGUGAGAACAGAUCCUUCCAUCGUUGUACCAGAGUCUGGUGUCGUUUCUAGGGCUGUCUGGCAGGCGAAGAUAUCUGGUUCCAGUCAAUGGUUCAUACGCGCCGCUAUCCAAGCAUCUAGGGAGAAGCCUCUUGAGGAGGAUUUUUUCCUAGAGUAUUUUAAUACGGACUGCUGUGUAUUCCGGCCUGUGCUAGCCAUCCCUUUAGCUGCUUGGCUAGAAAAGAUGAAUGAAAUAGUAUAGAGAAUCACAACACUCUUCCAUAGCAGUUGUAAUUGGAAUGACACUUUGAAAGUGAGAAAAAAGCUGACGUUCUAAGCCACACCCUUGACCGCCCACUACCGCCCCCUGACCGCCCCCUGACCGCCCACUACCGCCCCCUGACAACCCACCACCGCCCCCUCUCCGACCACUAUCCCGUCUUCAAAGGUUUAAAAAAGGAGUAACACAGCAUCCUUGAUCAAGCCGCUCCAAAACAAAAAAAGAAGACAUGGCCACCAUCAACGGACAGCAGCGUCGGAUCGCCACUAUCUGGACCCCCUUUUCAGACAUCCCUGAAGAUUCAACCUCCGGGUCCGUUCGCAGACACUCGGCCGAUGGAUCCACCUGUAACCUCAGCACUGUUUUGGAGGAACCCCAGGACCCUGCCUCUCCAACGCUGUACGACUCGCCAUGCUGCACCCCUGGUUCAUACGCAGAUGGGACCCAGGAUUCGCAGGUCUCAACCCACGAUCCCUCCGAUGCUGGAGGGUUGGUCCAGAGCCCUGGCUAUCCACCAACCCCAGAGAACUCAUCCUGUGAUUCCGACUGUGUAGACAUGGGUGAUUCCCAGCCUCCCACACCUCCACGGCCGGCACCAGAGUAUCCAACCCUCUUGAGCUCUGUUUCUUUGACUCCACCACCAUCACCACCUCCUCUGUGGGAUGAGGAAGAACCGGCGGACGAAAUCGACGGCUGGCUAUCUAGUGCUUUCUACGGUACUGUAAAAACGGCCGUGCUGCAUCUGCUCGUCAUCACCAUCAACAAGUACCGCACUGCCAACUGCUACGGAUGUCAAACCAGCCACCCCAGCCAGAAAGAACAUCCGUGUUUGGAACCGUUAGAUGAUGUCUACUAUAGCAUCAACUUUCAAGGUUUGAUGAAGAUGCUUUACAAGCCUAAAUUCAUUCCUGCAGUUCAGUGUCUGUUGAAUAUGCAUAACCUUCCAUCUGAUGAAGUUAGAGUCAGGGCCGCUGCUGAGAUGAUUCUACACAAUCUGAAAGAUGUGGAUGCGACCUCUAACAGCAUGUUUGAUCAUUAAGGUGCCAAAACGAUAUGCAUGCAGCUCAAGUCGGUCACUAGGUGUUGGGGAUUGUGAUUUUAUAAACAAAUAUUUUGAAAACAAAGAAAAAAAAAGGAGAAAAAAAAGGAGUUUUCCUCCACAAGAAGUGUGCACUCUCAUGGAUCCUGUACUUUUAUACUUAUUUUCAUACUUGUUAUUAGAACUGAAAAGUUUAUAGCGUGUGUUUACUAUUCUUUAAAUUUUUAUACUUGUUAUUAGAACUGAAAAGUUUAUAGCAUGUGUUUACU